UCUGCUCACCUCCUGCUUACACAGCCCUCACACACAGUCGUUGUAGAUAUUUGCGCGUGAACUCCAGAGACACAGAGAGAAGAGGCUGGACUGGAUUGCUUUGGGCCUAAUGAGUGCUUUCGUUUGUAGUUAAUUUUUCAGUUUUUUGGUUAGUAAGCUUUCUUUAGUGCUCUUUGUUUGUUGAUGUGAGGUGUACUGAAAGGUCCAUGGAUCAGCUUUCACUCCUUGAACCUCUCGGUUUGGACUACAUGGACUUUAGGCUGGAUCUAUGCGCGCUCCCCCGUGCGCGGGCUACAGGUUCCGCGUGCACAAGCCCCCCCAGCACGCCCUGCAGCUCCGUCCCCACGUCCCCGAGCGGCUUCGGCGUGGACGAGUUUUACUGGGCGGGUGCAUGGCCGCCGCCGCAGCAGCAGUUCGAGCAGGCACACACGCACGUGCAGUUCGCAUUCCCGCAGCGACAGCAACAGCAGCAGCUUCUUAAUCACUAUCAGCGCGCAGAGUUCGGCUCGUGCAAGUCUGCUGCACAGUUUCCUGCCCAAAACGAACAGCUGCGCGCGCUCCCGUGUACAUCGGACCCGGUCUCGGAGCGCGCGCGCCCGCAGCGCUUCACCGAUGAGCAGCUCGUGUCCAUGUCCGUGCGCGAGCUGAACCGGCGCCUGCGUGGCGCGGGCAGGGAGGAGGUCGCGCGCCUGAAGCAGAAGCGCCGCACGCUGAAGAACCGCGGGUACGCGCAGUCCUGCCGCUUAAAGCGCGUGCAGCAGAAGCGCGCGCUCGAGCGCGAGAAGACGCACCUGGUGGCAGAGGUGGAUGAGCUGAAGCGCGAGCUGAGCCACCUGCUGCGCGAGCGCGACGCCUAUAGGCUGCAGUGUGAGAGCCUCGCGGAUGGCACAGCACAGGGGCUCGCACUGUAGGGCACAAGCACACCCGGGGAUUCAUCCUUUAAUUGUUUCAUCUAACUAGGAGAUCAGAGUUUAUUGUACUGACUCUCUGCAGAGACUCUGCGGGUUCUGUUCCACAGCUUUAAAGGACCAAUCCAGCAUUUACCGCAAACAUUUUUUUUCUCUAGUUUUCCAGUGUUUUAAAAUGAUGUUUGUGGUUGUGUUGUGAAAUGUUUCAAAAGUGGAAAUCUCCCUCACAUGGAAAAAUUUGUACACUGGCAGGAAAGAUAAAAACAUCUGUUAUUAGGCCACUCAGAAUUAAACAGAAGUGUUUAUGUUAAAGGUCAUUGUCGCAAGAACAUUUUCCCCCCAAGGUAUGGCAUGUACAAAAAUGCUUCCCAUAGGCAUCCCUAGAGUUGGACUGAAAAUAGUUCAGAUGGUCUUGUCCAUGUUCUCAAGUUAUUGUGUGAAUUAUUUUCUGAAAUUUAUUCAUUAUUAAUUUAUUUAUUCAUUAUUUGCAUAUUAGUAUCUCAAUGGAUGCCUAUGAGAGGGAUUUUUGUGCUGUUUCUUACUUUAAAACACAUUCCAUCAAAAAGUUUUCAAAACAGUGGUACUGUUUUUUAACAACGAAUAAAGGAGCAGACAUUAAUGACUAAUAUUUGAGUGUAGCUUUAAGAUGCUCAACUGUGCUUGAAAAUCCGUUAAUUAAUGGUCACUCAUUUAUAUAUCAAUGCAAAUCAACAUGGGUUAGGCACUGUGUGUCAGCGUACAGCUAGUGUUUAAAAACUCAAGCUGGGCUCUGAGAUCACUAUUAAACUGAACUGAUGUUUUGGGCAUUUUUAACAAUGUAUUUUAUUUUUACAUUGAACGUCACUGCAGACUAGUUAAAAAGAUUUGUUAGUUUAAAACUUAUA